AUGGAGAAACCAAGCUUCUUCAAUUCAGCUGCAGACUGUGGGAGCCUGAAGUCUCGUCAAGGACACCAGACCAGGUGUGGAUUUGAAGCAGAUGGUUCCCAUAACAAAGUAGACGUUGAUAUGGAUUACGUAAGACGUUGGGGAUUUGGCCUGGAAAAAGCUUGUGUCAUCUUGGGCGUGAUAUUUCUUCUGUCCUCUUUAUGUAUAGUGAUCAAAGCCAUCCAUGACCUUGCAACUAAGUUGCUUCCAGAAGUGGAUGACUUUCUAUACAGCGUUUCAAUUUUAAGUGGAAUCCUUUGCACUAGUUUAGCAGUGAUCAAAUUUAUGUUGGGGAAUGUGCUUACAAGCAGAGCAUUGUUAACAGAUGGUUUCAACUCUCUGGUAGGAGGAAUUAUGGGCUUUUCCAUCCUUCUGAGUGCAGAAGUUUUUAAGCACAAUGCUUCUGUCUGGUACCUGGAUGGAAGUAUAGGGGUUCUGAUUGGACUUACAAUAUUUGCCUAUGGUGCCAAGCUCCUUAUGGAUAUGGUUCCCCGUGUACGGCAAACACGUCAUUAUGAAAUGUUUGAAUGAAGGCAACUCAGCUAUUGGACUAAACGCAUUUUGCAGGAUUUGAAAACAGCCUACAUCCUGACAAGUGGGGCCGAUCCUACUUGCAAGAUUGAAUUUUGUUGUUUUUCAUGUUAUUUUUGCAUCAUCAUUCAAGGGGAAAUCAAUCUGUACAAAUAGGGGAAUUCAUGCACUGCUUAGAUCUCUGCAAUCGCAUUUGGCAUACGUUCCCCAAAUCCAGCAAGCUGCAAUAGAAAUGAGUAAGACUUCUAAUCCUUUUUGCUACAUGUUUAAGUGAUCAGCCCGCUCAAGUCACUUAACAGCUGCCCAUUUAAAGGCGCCAAAUUAAGAAGAGUCCCCAGUCUGACUGUGGCUGUUUAGAGACAAAUAGAGCUUGAGUUUUCCCAGGAAAAGAGACUAAUCUGUCAAAGAGCUUUUAGUUCUGUUACUCCUAAAAUUCACAGUGGAUGAAGGACAGCACCUCAUUAAUGUGUCUUGUCAAGUCAAGGGUGUUUUACACAUGAUUACCAACAGAUCAGACGUGCUAUUUUUAUUGAUUCAGUAUUAAAAAUAUGAAAUAUUUUCUUCCUGCGAGAUGCCAGUUUCAAUAAAAGAUGCAAUCCACCCCCUCAUCUGCUCAAACUCCCAAAUUUUAGGUCAUGGUUUAAUUUAUAGUUUUAUUAAAGUAUUUAAAAUAUGUCUGUCUCCCUCUCCCCACCUUCUCUCUCUCUCUCUUUCUCUCUCUCUCUCUCUCUCUCUCUCUCUCUCUCUCUCUCUCUCUCUUUAUAUAUAUAAUCAAGCAACACAUAUUAAGCUACACAGUCAAAAUAAGCACAAAGUAUUCAUGUACAGUUAAAAGCCAAAAAAGGAUUGAGGUUUAAUGUGUUGAUUUAUAUUAUGCACUUAUAUAGCAGUAUGUCUGUCUCAAUGGGUGUCCUGUUGACUAAUAAAAGUGGAAAUAAUGGUUCCAUUCUGACAGCAAUUAGACUCUAAUCAUGAAGAGUUAGGCUUUUCUGUAGAUAUUCCCGUGCUCGCUCAUUUUAUGUUAUUUAACAUCUGGAUUACAGAAUGCAUUUUCCAUCUUGUAUAAUAGACAAAAUGUUUCUUGUUUUAUAAAGGAUCUAUAACUAACCUUUAAAAAAGCAGUGUAUAUAGUACAUUAAAUUGAAAGUCUUCCUGUACAGAAGCACCUCUCAUAGACAGGUUACUUCUGUCGUUUUUUCAUAGGUGGAAUGUUUUAGCACAAAUUUAACAUAUGGUUAAGUAAAUUAGGUUUUGAAGUUUACUGCUUAAUCCACAUCUGUUCAUGGCUCCACUAUUUUGAAAAUGGUGCAUUUAUAAAGAGGUCAAAGUAAUUUUAUAUCUGCCAAAAAGUGUAAAGUUUAUUGGAAGUAUGUAUAUUGGUGUGGAAUAAUGAUUUGCAGAGGGGCAUAAAACAUGCAGUUGACAUCUUUAAUAACACCCCUUAGUGUCAUUUACUGGUUUCUUGCUUCUAUAUGCUAUGUUUUUGUGGAUGUAUUUUUGUGGAAAUGCAAAUAGAAGAUUGAUAGAAGGGAUAUUUAUUUCAUUUCAUUUCAAAGAAUUGGAUGCAAUGCAAUCUCCUUAAUUACUUGCUUGAAGGUGUUUCCAUAGGAAUACUAAUCUCUUCAGUACACUUCAUCACUUCAGACAAAAAAUGUCCAGCCUUGUGGUAAUGUUUUUUAUUCCAUGCAGUCUUCUGAAAUAAAUGCAUUGAACAUGA